UAGACGGGGGAGGAGGAGGAGAGGGCUCGAGGGACCGUCUGUCGCGGGACGGGCUGGCCAGCUUGAGUGCAGAGCUGGGAGGCGGAGGCAGAGGCAGGGGCGGCAGCAGCAGCAGUAUCAGAAACAAGUACCAGCCACACAGCGGCUCCUCCAGCUCCAGCAAGCCACAGUCCCCUGGCCGCGAUGGCGCUGCCAAACGUGGCGAGCGAGGAAGCCAAGGGGCCCUGGCAGGAGGCAGGCCAGGAACAGCAGGAGUCGGUGGGUAGUCCGGAGCCAGAACCCCAGCCAGAGCCUGAGCCCGAGCCGGUGCCAGUGCCCCCGCCGGAGCCUCAGCCUGAGCCCCAGCCCCAGCCCCUACCGGACCCUGCACCCCUGCCAGAGCUGGGGUUUGAGCCCGAGCCAGUGCAGGAACCCGAGCCCACGCCCACAGUGGAGACCCGAGGCACCGCGCGUGGCUUCCAGCCUCCCGAAGGUGGCUUCGGCUGGAUAGUGGUGUUUGCAGCCACCUGGUGCAACGGCUCCAUCUUCGGCAUCCAUAACUCUGUCGGGAUCCUCUACUCCAUGCUGCUAGAGGAGGAAAAAGAGAAAAAUCGCCAAGUGGAGUUCCAAGCAGCAUGGGUCGGUGCCCUUGCCAUGGGUAUGAUCUUCUUCUGUUCUCCCAUUGUGAGUAUAUUCACUGAUCGUUUGGGCUGCCGGAUCACAGCCACUGCAGGGGCUGCCGUUGCUUUCAUCGGUCUCCACACCAGCUCCUUCACCAGCUCCCUGAGCCUGCGCUACUUCACCUAUGGGAUUCUCUUCGGUUGUGGCUGUUCCUUUGCUUUUCAACCAUCCCUCGUCAUCCUGGGCCACUACUUCCAACGCCGCCUAGGUCUGGCCAAUGGUGUGGUAUCUGCUGGGAGUAGCAUCUUCUCCAUGUCAUUCCCCUUCCUCAUCAAAAUGCUGGGGGAUAAGAUCAAGCUGGCCCAAACCUUCCAGGUGCUAAGUACCUUCAUGUUUGUUCUUAUGCUGCUGUCACUCACCUACCGGCCCCUCCUGCCCAGCUCCCAAGACACCCCAAGCAAGAGAGGUGUGCACACCCUGCGCCAGCGCUUUCUGGCUCAGCUCCGGAAGUACUUCAACAUGCGAGUGUUCCGCCAACGCACCUACCGCAUCUGGGCCUUCGGGAUUGCUGCUGCUGCCCUUGGCUACUUCGUUCCCUAUGUACACCUGAUGAAGUAUGUGGAAGAGGAAUUCCGGGAAAUCAAGGAGACCUGGGUGCUCUUGGUAUGUAUUGGGGCUACCUCAGGCCUUGGACGUCUUGUGUCAGGCCACAUCAGUGACUCUAUUCCUGGACUUAAGAAGAUCUACCUGCAAGUCCUUUCAUUCCUGCUCCUGGGCCUGAUGUCCAUGAUGAUCCCCCUGUGCCAGGACUUCGGGGGCCUCAUCGUUGUUUGCCUCUUUCUGGGUUUGUGUGAUGGCUUCUUCAUCACCAUCAUGGCCCCCAUCGCAUUUGAGCUGGUGGGCCCCAUGCAGGCCUCACAGGCCAUUGGCUACCUCCUGGGCAUGAUGGCCCUGCCAAUGAUUGCUGGGCCCCCCAUUGCAGGCCUCCUUCACAACUGCUUUGGUGACUACCACGUGGCCUUCUACUUUGCGGGUGUGCCCCCCAUCAUCGGGGCUGUAAUCCUCUUCUUUGUCCCGCUGAUGCAUCAAAGGAUGUUCAAGAAGGAGCAGAGGGAUUCCAGCAAGGAUAAGAUGUUAUCCCAUGAUCCAGACCCCAACGGAGAACUGCUGCCUGGUUCCCCAACCCCGGAAGAGCCAAUUUAAUGCCUAUGUCUUGCCAUUGUGUGCUCCUCCCUAGCCUCAUCCCUCCAUUCCCCACCCCUCCAUCCUCGCUCAGCAUUUACAUUUUUGCCACCAGCACACUUGUUCCCAGACUUGUGCACACAGCAUUUCAACCACCUGACCAUCUCCUCUGAGCCAAUGCUCUCGGUGUUCCAAACUCAUUAACCAAAUUCUCCCCAUGAAUACCUUGAAACUUGCCAGGCCCUUCUUCUCCUGGGAUCUGGGAAAGUAUGGCAUCCCCCAACCCCCAGCCUUUGGAUCCUAUCCAUAUGCUUUCUAACCAGGGGAAGGAGGAGGAUGUAACCUCUGGCCCCAGCUUCUUAGUCACCCACUACAAUCAACUGUCAAAGGUGCUACUAUGUCCCAGGAACCUAGUAGGGGAGACUCAAACUUCUGUUUGCUGAGGAAUUCAUUUCUAUUCAUCCUUGGAAGCCACUUGGGGUUUGGGGAGGAAGGACAAAGGAGACAAGGAGCCUUGAUUCAUCUCUCAGCUCCUGAAAGCUCUGCUUCCCAAGGGAUGAGUACAGGCAGCACCCCACGAUAUGCUUGGUUAACAGUCUGCUUUCCUCUUCCCUUUUAUUUUCCCUCUACUGUCUUCUCUCCAUUUUCUUCCCCUCUAUUUCUUUUCAUGAUUGUCAUAGACACCUAGGUGCUUGGAGAAAGGAGGGACUCAGAGCUUGGGUCAAAUCAGCUUCAUCUUGAGCCACUCCAUCCCUAAAACUAGCAUUAAUCCUACUUAUCUCAGGCUGAGCCACAUCUCACUUUUUGGCUCAAACUGAUAUAAUUAUAGACUGGAAGAGCAGACCAUCAUACAGGGAAGGGACUUUAAACACCACAGAGUUCCAUGUAUCACUCAUUAACUUUUACAGAUUUCCCAAGCCAACACAUUAACCAAGCGGCCAUCCCAGCUUCCCAUCCUUGUAUCCACUUGUCAAAAUGUGAAGAAGUUCCUUUCAUCUCAGCAGACACAGGAGGGCUGAUGACAGUGCACUGGCAUGGUGGGGGAAGGUGCUGUGGUUAAUGACAUAGUGAAGGACCAACUCCUCCAUCUCCCAAUUUUCUAUUUCCGCCUGGACCAAGUCAAGAAAUGGACUGAUCUAGGGAAAAAAAAGUCAUUCUGCACCUGGAUCCCAAAAAAGGUAUAGGCAACAGCUGCACAUAAAGUUGGGCAAUUUCUUUUAAGAACAGGAAGCCAUCUUAGCCUUUACUACCCACUAUGUCCCCUAUGCUGGGUACUCUGGGCCACUCUCCUUAGUGGGCAUUAAAGGUACCAGGAAAAGUAGGCUCUGGACCACCUUUGUCCCUCUGAACUUGGUACCAGAUGCUUCCCUACACCUAGGCUCUGGGCAACAGUCUUACUGAAGAGCAUUCCAAGUGCCCCUGGCUGGAGGCAAAAGGCACUGCCAGGCUAUGUCCAGCUGCACAGCUCACCUCAUUAGGAGCUCAGCCUCUUUCCUCCCUCUUUGUGUCUCUUUCUCUCCUCUCUAGGCCUUUGUCUAUUGUGUUCCUGUCACCCAACCUUUCAUCAUGUUUUUGCCAGACAUCUCUGGCUGUUACAUGAAGCCAACAGUAACUUGCCACCCCAAGCCAGGGUCAUCCCAAGACCAAGAGGAUGAGGUUGCUCUGAGGGCCUCCAAAGACGACAAUGGUCCCCAUACAUGAGUUUUUCCGUUACUAACAGGCAGCUGGGGUAUGGUUGGCCUCUGAUGUUUCAUUCAAGGCCGAAGUCCUAAGUCCCCCUCCUCUGGUCCCAGUCCAGCUCUUAUCAACUCCCCAAAGGAAAACCCAUUGGUUCUUGGCUCCAUGGGCAGGAAAGGGCAGAGUUACUGUCCUGUCAGCUCAAGCUUCUAUGGAACAGGAGAAGCUGGGCCCCAGGAGCCCUGUAACUCCCAGGAGAGGCCACUGAAAAUACUGGAACAACAAUGCCCCUGUUUCCAUUCCUCACCCCCACCAAGCCCUGGGGCAGGGAUAAGGGGCUGAGGAGUAGCCUCAAGUGUGAGAGUGCAGGGUCUUCGUUGUUUAUGGCUAGAUCCCCCUUAAGAGCCAGGCUGCCACCCACUUCUCUGCAGAUAAAGGAAAGACAUUCACAGGUCCCAAAUCUGCCCACCUAACAUUGACAGGAUGUCAAUUUACUAUUUCCACACAUGUGCAUGUGCAUGUGUGGGCUUGUGUGCUUUUUGAGAGAAUGUUGGUUGGCCAAAACAGCAGUAUUAAUAUUUAGAAUAGGAUGCAGUCUCUUAUGCACCACUAGUUAAAACUAGGAGAAUGAACAAAAUUUCAGAGCUUGAGACCUGGGACAUUUAAAUCCUGAAGGGGUUUGGAACAAAAUAAACAGAUCUAAAUGUUUGGU